AUGGCUUUAGGUGUUGUGUUGGGCUCCAAGAAGAAAAAGUUAGAUGAAAAGCCUUUGCAGCCUUCUUCAAACUCGUCAUGCCGAAUAGUUAAAUCCAGGCUAUUUUGGGAAAAACAAGGGAAGAUCCUGCUGGAAGGUCUCACAGACCCUCUAAAGGCUGGAGUUGUGCCAAAAGUUUUCUUCUCUAGCUAUCUACAAUACAUAAAGAAGAAGAAGUUGCUAGUCGGUGAGCUGAAAGGUGUCAGCCUCGUUAAAGUGAAAUUCAAGGACGUCAAGGAUUGGUCCAACCUAGUAAUGCUGAAAAUAAUGGGGAUUUUUGCCAAACCUGACCAUAUUAACAUGACAUAUUCAAAGACUCAGCUUUAGCUACUGACACUAUUAUUGAUUUGUGACAAUCUUUGUGACCCUGGGAGCCUGGGGACAAUUCUGAAAUCUACCGCUUGGGCAGGUUACAGGUUUCAAACUUUGAAAGGCUAUGUGAUUGCCUGGGAGCCCAAAGUGCUACAGGUGGGUAUGGGUGCACGUUUCCAGGUACCCAGUAUUGAUAAUCUGAAAGCAGAAAUAGUGCCAUAUUACUUGCCCCCUGACACCCAGGUCUAUGUGGCUGACAACUAAAGCCUUUAUGCUCAGGCUCAGAUUUCUAAUAAAGCCAGUGACUAUGGCUUGGUGUGUAAUUGGCAAUACCUGAUGUUUCACAAGUAUGAAGAAAAGUAAGGUCCAGAAACUGGAGCCAGUAAAGGUUGGCUGUCUGAUACUGAGGUUCAGAGUCACGACUUGGACUGGACAGAGGCACCAGCAGCUGUGGUGGUUGGCAGUGAGACCCAUGACCUGGAGUCUCUGUAGCUGGCUGAGAGCACUGGCAGCAAGAGGCUGCUGAUCCCUGUCGCCCCUGUCAUGAACAGCCUCAACCUGGCCAUGGCUGCAUGCAGCCUGCUUUUUGAAGGGAAGAGACAACUAUGGGUGAGGGCGGAACACUUAAGCAGGGACAGGAGUUACCACGGAGAGACCCCGCGUUCCGGUCGCUUGUUGAAAAGGCGCCGGGAUCUCCCGUACUGCGACUCACGGAGUCGGCUCGAACCGCGGCGCCAGCUCCUGGCGGAUUUUUUGCCUAGGAAUCUCCUGGCCUGGCUCGCUAUUUCAGAUGAAUGGGCUAUUCUGCCGUCUCAAGGCUCUACUCGCCAGCUAAGAGGGCUCCCAGACCAGUGGCUUUUGUACGGAGAACCGCAGCAACAGGGAGUGGUCACAGCAGCCGCGCGGGCGGAAUCAGCCCCGCGGUGGCCAAAACAGCCGCACCGGCUGGGACUGCGACGCUGGCGACCCCUCUGCCUGGGUAUCUCCUGGAGUCUGGAAGCCACUUAUCCCAUUCUUCUCUUGUUUGCUCCUUACCGUUGA